AUGCAGAAGAUGUGCUGGGGCACAGGUGGCCAGCGAAGCCCCGAGAAGGCCCAGCGAGAUUCUGUCUCAGGCAGCGGCGACGGCGACUUCCCCGAACGAGCCAUCCAGGAGGAGCUUUGCCGGGCCGUCGCCGAGCUGUCCCUCCGCGAGCUCGCCAGCAGCGCGCAGUGGGCGGCGGAGCUGUCGGUGGCCCUGCCCGACGAGGAGGGGCUUGGCCACCUCGACAAAGCGUCUGACGGAGAGAUCGCGGAUUUCAGUCUGAGGGCAAGACAAAACGCGACCAGGGCGCACCGAGUUCUGCAGAGUGUGAACCAGCAAGGCGUCGAGAAGCUGCGAGUGGGCAAGAGCCCAGACACGCAUGUGGACGUGUGGCGACGGCUUGGAGAGACGAUAGCCAACCACCCCGACAAAGGGCUCAGAGUGCUGAAGGUGGAGAGUCACCUCAGCGCUGACGAGGCGCUCGAGCAGGGCGUGAGCCCAGCCAGCUUCCUUGUGAAUUCUAUCGCAGAUGCGGAGGGCGGCGAGGAGGCGCCGCCGGGCCCCAGCUGCGGCGGCGGGGCGGGCGCGAAGAUGCACCGGAGCCUGAUGCUGGCCAAGGCCCACUUCGGCAUGCGGGAGUACGGCCGGGCCGCACACGCGCUGUCGACGCCGCCGGGCAUCCCGGACCUGCACCGCUCCCAGCCCGCGCUCUUCCUGCGGUUCUACGCCUUGUACCUCGCGGGCGAGAAGCGGAGGGAGGAGGAUCGAGGCCGCCGAGGUCGCCGACCACGCGGAGAAGGGCCAGGUGCGCAACCAGGAGAGCUGAAGGCCAUCCAGGAGCAGCUCGGACACCUCCACCAGCAGGGCCUGCUGGAUGGCCUCGGCCUCUACCUGUACGGCGUCGUGCUGCGGGGCGCGGAGCGGGCGACGGAGGCCCGCGGGGUGCUGCUGGAGUCCGUCCGCGCGUUCCCGUGCAACUGGUCGGCCUGGCUGGACCUCCUCGCGGUCAGCCAGGAGACCUGA